AUGUCUUCACAAUUACCCACAAUACUUAAUUCAACGUUUUUAACUUCAGGCUUAAGUAAAGGAUUUUUUGAGUUUGUUACUAAAGUCGGUGAAGCUAUAAGUAAACAGGAAGAAGAUAGAUAUGUAACAGAGGAACUUACGUAUUUAAAGAAUAAAUUAAAUCAACCAGAUAUAUCGACGUAUAAAAUGAAAGAUUACAUAACAAGAUUAAUUUACUGUGAAAUGUUGGGAUAUAAUGUUGAAUUUGGUCAUAUUCAUGCUGUUAAUUUGGCUCAAAGUGCAAAAGGAUUAUGGGAGAAAAGAGUUGGAUAUCUAGCAUGUUCAUUAUUCUUGCACGAAACUCAUCAAUUUAGUAUAAUGUUAAUUAAUACAAUACAAAAGGAUUUAAGGAGUAGCAAUUAUUUAGAAGUAUGUGCCGCAUUGACUGUAUUAUGUCAUUUAUUAAACAAAGAAAUGAUUCCAGCAGUAUUUGGAUUAGUUGAAGAGAAUUUAUCUCAUCCAAAAGAUACAGUCCGGAAGAAAGCUAUCAUGGUUUUUCACAGAUUAUUUUAUGACACUCCUGAACUGAUUUCACACCUUGACGAGAAAUUUCGUCAAAUAUUAUCUACAAGAGAUCCAGGCGUUUUAGGAGCCAUUUUAUGUCUUUUUGUCGAUUUUGUAAAGAAAGAUCCGAGUAGAUACAAAGAUUUGGUUCCUAUACUCGUAAAUAUUCUCGAACAAGUUCUUGAUAGAUAUUUGCCUAGAAAUUAUGACUAUCAUGGAGUUCCUGCUCCUUGGAUUCAAGUAAAAAUUAUUGAAAUGUUGGGAAUGUUGGCGAAAAAUGAUGAAAAGAUAAGUUCGGAAGUUGGACAAUUAAUCGUCCAUACUUUGAAAAAAUCCGAAAAUGGUGUGGAUUGCGCUUACGCCGUAAUAUUUGAAUGCAUUCGCGCGUUAGCAAGAUUACAUCCACAAGUCUUGAGGGUCCUCAUUCAUAAACCAUCGCAUCUUAACCCACUUAGCAUAAUCACGCGCUUUUUAAAAUCAAAUAAUCAUAAUCUAAAAUAUUUGGGAUUGAUUGCAUUAUCGGAAGUUGACCCUAUUUGGUGGGCUGAAGGUGAAUGGUGCGGAGAGGAGCAAAUGAAAGUUAUUGUUGAUUGUUUAGAAGAGAAAGACGAUUCCCUCAAAAGAAAGACUUUGGAUUUAUUAUAUAAGAUGGCUAAUUCACAAAAUGUGGUCAUCGUCGUGGAAAAAAUGAUUGAAGCAUUACGCAAAACUUCAGCAACCGAUGAAUUUUUGCGGAAAUUAUUAGUUGCGCGAAUUAUUGAAACUGCUGAAAAAUAUCCUUUAGAAAAUUGA